AUGGCAGACAGAGAUCCAGAAAACCCUGUGUCCGAUGAGAAAAAUGAAGACAUAAAUAAAGAUUUGGAACUUCUAACUGGGAUCUCUCAUAGGCGCUCUAUCAUCAUAGUCAUGAUCCUCGUUUAUAUUAAUCUCAUUAAUUAUAUGGAUCGUUACACAAUUGCAGGUAAUUGGUCAGUUUUUUUUCAUAAUCUAUGAUUACCAAGAUACAGGACAUAGCCUAUAUGUUCCCACAUUCCUUUGCAUGGUUAUUCAAUAAACAAUGAAUUUAGAAAAUUAAUGGGAAAACUGAAAGUUUUAGGUCAAAAGAGUCAAAGAUCAAAAAUCCUCUAAUUGUUUUCAUACUAGAUAUUCUGCCCUUAAAUUUGCCAUUUUCAGGUUAAUUCCCUACACCAGUAGUGUGAUCAUUGCCCCCCUUCCCCCAAAUUGUGUAGUAGUUAUACUUUCUUGUGUAUAGUAUUAUGAAUCUCAACAGUCGUGGAAGGUCAAUCGUGCUGGGGGCUGGUUAGCCUCUCACCCAAACCACCACAUCAACCUGUAGUGAUUAGGAUUCCCUUUUAAGUGGCUAAAAUUGUCCUUUUUAAGGAACAGGACCCCCAAGCACACACACUAUGUACGCAAAAAAAGCACCAUAGCUAAGGUUUAACAGACAAGUACCAAAACAUGGUUAUGAAGGGGAUUAAUUAAAAAAUCAUAUAUAACUUUGCCAUUGUACAUUUUUAUAGCCAUAAUAACGUAUAAAGGAUAUUAAACUCUAUCUUGCGAUUUUAUACAUUGUUUACAUAGGUGUUCUCCCUGUUAUUGCUAAUGAUUUCGGGAUAAAGGACAGUGACUCCGGACUGGUUCAAACAGGUACACCCCUAAAUAAAUUCACUGGUCUUUUUCUGUGUGUUCUAUGUCAGUAAAUAUUGUAUCUCCUGAGCAGAGGCAUAACUACAAACCAUUGGGCCGCGGUGCGAAAAUUACCCUGCCCCCCCAUGUGUCUCAUUCCCUUGUCCCCAGCCCCUUCAUGUGUCUCAUCCCGUCGCCCCCCCCCCUAUGUAUCUCAUGUAUCUUGUGUUUUAUUUUCCCCCAAGCCCCCCUACGUGUCUCAUAUUCUCCCACCAGCCCCUUCAUGUGUUACAUUCCUCCAUCUCUCCCCCCUCUCCUCCAUGUGUCCCUUUCCUCCAUCUCUCCCCCCUCCAUGUGUCCCUUUCUUUCCUCUAUACCCCCCCCCCUCCACGCAUUCAUUUUCUUUCUUCUACCCCCCCCCCUCCAUGUGCCCCCUUCUUCCCUUUCCUCCUUCCCCUCUAUGUUUCCCUAUCCUCCAUCUCUCCCCCCUUCUCUCCAUGUGUCUUUUUUCCUCCCUCAUUCGCCCCUGCCCUCUAUGUGUCCCUUUACUCUCUCUCCCCUCUUCUCUCCAUGUGUCCUUUUCCUCUCUGUCUUGCCCCUCCUUUCCUGUACUUGUCUUGCCACAGUUCCAUGUCUGACAGGAAGUACUCUCACAGUACACACAGGCAGGAGGGGAGAAGUACAGUGCAGAUCUUCCCUCCUGCCAGCCUCGGGAACCGCGGGCCCCGGGCCGGUGCGGCUGUUCACCGGCCCAAAUGAUGUGCUGGCAGACCACGGACGCAUGGUUGCCACUGCAGCUGGACCCCCUGGAGUGAUGGGCUUGGUCGCAGUGGCGUGCGACCGUGGUAGGUACGCCACUGCUUAUCUCUACCUGUUACUAGGGGCAUUGUUUAGAAUAUAAGACUCUUCUAUAGCGUUCAUAUGUAAAUUACAUUGAUAACUUGUGGAUUUUUUAUUCUCCAUCAUUCUUCCUCCUUUUACAUAGAAACAUAGAAUGUGAUGGCAGAUAAGAACCAUUUGGCCUAUCUAGUCUGUCAAAUUUCUAAAUACUUUCAUUAGUCCCUGGCCUUAUCUUAUAGUUAGAAUAGCCUUAUGCCUAUCCCACGCAUGCUUAAACUCCUUUACUGUGUUAACCUCUACCAUUUCAGCUGGAAGACUAUUCCAUGCAUCCACUACCCUCUGUGUAAAGUAAUACUUCCUGAUAUUAUGUGUAAACCCUUGUCCCUCUAAUUUAAGUCUAUGUUCUCUUGUUUUGUUAGUUUUUCUUCUUUUAAAUAUAGUCUCCUCCUUUACUGUGUUGAUUCUCUUUAUUUAUUUUAAUGUUUCUAUCCUAUCCCCCCUGCCUUGUCUUUCCGCCAAGUUAUACAUGUUAAGUUCCUUUAACCUUUCCUGGUAAGUUUUAUCCUGCAAGCCAUGAACAGUUUAGUAGCCCUUCUCUGAAGUAUAAAUUUUACUGUAUUUUUGUAUUGUUUGUUUAUUAAAUGCAUCUUCCUGAUUGCAUUAUCUCAAAGCUCUUCUCAUUCUCUCCCUAGUGUUUAUUUUUAGUUACAUGGUGUUUGCGCCCGUCUUUGGGUACCUGGGGGAUCGGUACAACAGAAAGUACAUAAUGGGUGGAGGCAUCGCCUUCUGGUCACUCAUCACCCUGUCCAGUUCAUUCAUCACGAAGGAGGUAACAUCACAAGGCAUUCCAUUAAAACCAAUGAUUGUUUUCCUCUCAGGCCUAUCCAUUUUGCAGAAUGCUUGUAGAGCUUUGAUGGUCAUCCAUCAAAUCUCCUGAGGUGCAGUCAUCAUGCAGUUUGCCGAGUUCUCAGAGUAUCAGAUUUACUGUGGCAUUGCUGCUAUUGUUUCUUCAGGAUAUUUCUAGAUAACUGUUGCCCUCUACCCAUUUUUAUUUUUUACAGUACUUCUGGCUCCUUCUGAUCACACGGGGCCUUGUGGGAGUUGGGGAAGCAAGCUACUCCACCAUUGCCCCAACGCUGAUUGCGGACCUAUUCCUUCAUGAUGAACGCAGCAGAAUGCUGUCUUUUUUCUAUUUGGCUACACCUGUUGGCUGGUGAGUUUCCAUUUCUGGACCAUCUUCGUUUCUAAUGUCAUAUAGCUUUUAACAAUCAAGAAUAGAUUAGGGUAGGGUAAUAGAUUGUAAGGCUAUUGAGGUUGUAAAUGUUGUUUUUGUGGCCAUAAAAUUUAUAAUUCCGGAAACAUAGGUUUUAUUGACCAGGGAACUCUAAAUGUGUGAUCAAAAUAGGGAAACUGGAAAAAAAUGAAUUUCGAGAUUUUCUUUAAAUUCUGUUCCAUUUUUGCCUGAAGUUAGCAAUUCCCAUUUUAGUCUUCUAGAAUUUCUGGUUUAUUGGCAAUGUUCUUUCCAUGUUUUUUUAUAAAGACAAAGGCCAAUCCCUAAUCCUGGUUUUGUGUAAGAACAUGGAUCAUGGUAAUGAGUGCUUGACAUUAGAAAGCUGAUUCUUUUCUCUCUUUUACAGUGGACUUGGUUACAUUGCUGGGUCAAAGGUGUCGAGUGUAGCAGGUGGAGACUGGCAUUGGGCAUUAAGAGUAAGUGAAAGAAAAAAGCUUCAGAUAUUAUGUGUCUUAGUGGGUGCUGGAUGGCAUAUUGCUUGAGGUAUCUUUACAUUUUCAUACACCAUUUAAAUAUGGCUGACAUUUGCAGUGCUUGAGUCACACGAGAUUGCACAUUCCUGUUAGCCCUUACAGGGUUUCUGUUUGAUAUUCUGUCAAAUUGUUUAAAGUAUUUAACAGCAGAAUAGAGAUCUUUCAGAAUAUUGCUGGCAUUGUAGAGCAGACAGCCAUUGGUUCACAAACAAGUCCUCAUGACCCCCACUUUCCUCACUGGUCCAGGAUUUAGGGAUUACACAGUUGUGUCUAAGGUGUUUGUUUCUUUUUAAAAAAUUUUUAACUCCUUAGACACAACUGGGUAAUUCCUAAAUUCAGGACCUGUAGUGGGCAGGAGGACUGGUUUGGGAACUACUGAGAUAGACUGUAAUUGUGUCAACUGCACUAUGCUCUUACGUACUUAUUCAUCUUGUAUGCACGUCUGUGUGGGUCUCUCUGGCCUUAUACUUUGUGCCCAGAUAUUUGAGGUAUGUAGUAUGGUCAUUGACACUGUCUGAUCUUGUGCUGUAGGUUACUCCAGGACUGGGUCUUGUAGCAGUGUUAUUACUGCUCUUCAUGGUCCAAGAGCCUCCCAGAGGGGCCGCUGAAGGGAAGAUAAGAACGAAACCCCUCACCAACUCCUCCUGGAUGUCCGAUAUAAAAUCCUUGUUGAAAAAGUGAGUUAUAUUUCUAUUCUAACUGACAAGCAUCUGGCCUCUGCCUGGUGUCUAACUUCUCCUUUUAUCAUCCCCUCUUGUAGUCCAAGUUUUGUUCUUUCAACGUUUGGGUCUACAGCAGUGGCGUUUAUUGCAGGAGCCCUAUCGCUUUGGGCUCCAACAUUACUGAUGCGUGCACGGACGGUGUUAUACAAAGAUAAUCCGUGUCAACUCCCUAUUUGUAGCACUGAUGACAGGUAAGGCUUACAAUCACCAACGUUGACUGCCAUUGUCUUUUCCAUUCUGUAUGUCAAAUGUGUGUAUUGGCCAGUUUUAGUGAAAAUAACUUCUAGUGAAGCCAACUGGCUGCAAACAUCCUACAAGCCUUUGAAGUACCUCUAUUCCCUCCCCCCCCCCCCCUUUUUUUAAAAGCACAUUAUAAGUUCUCUAUGCUUUUUCUUAAAGGCAUACUCCAGGCACCCAGACCAUUUCUGCCCAUUGGAGUAGUCUGGGUGCCAACUCCCACCCUUAACCCUGCAAGUGUAAUUAUUGCAGUUUUCAUAAACUGCAAUAUUUACCUUGCAAGGUUAAGUCCUCCUCUAGUGGCUGUCUAUCAGACAGCCACUAGAGGGACUUCCGUGUUCUUAGAACACGAAAAUAGUUUUAGGCAACGCUGGACAUCCUCACACUAUUGAAUAAUGCUUUCCUAUGGGGAGGUCUAAUGCACGUGCGCGGUCGGUCAUUGCCCCACAUGUGCAUUAGGUCUCCCCCGCGGCGGGGAGGAGUGUGGGUGGAGCCUGACCAGCGCCGAGGGACAUUGGCGCUGGACUCCAGUAAGUCACUGAAGGGGUUUUAACCCCUUCAGCAACUUGGGAUGGGUGUCGGGAGGGAGAGGGGCACUACAGGGUCCUGCAGUGCCAGGAAAACACAGAUACAAUAUGAAAAAUACAGGACAUGUGCAUGGUCAUUAUUAUGGUUUUGUGACUUCAUCUGGCCAAAAUAGCUGAGUUAUGGGGAAAAUAUAUCAACUUGUCUUAUUGACCAAAAAUUGGAACUCCCCUGCUGAAUUCAGUUCACAGUAUGUUGAAUAACCCUAUUCAGUCAGGUUUAGCACAACAGCUGCUAUGUCAGGGUACACUGCCUUCUCUGUAAUUUUGGACAUGUGAUUAGUAUGAAGACUAGAAUAUCAUUGUCAGAAGUGAAUUAGAAACCAUCAGGCCCUGGUGCAGAAAUUGCAUCCCCCCCAAGCCCCUCCUUGUGUUUAAUACCCCCCAGCUCCUCCAUGUGUCUCAUUCUUCUCUCCUAGCCCCUCCAUGUGUCUAAUUCUUCUCUCCUAGCCCCUCCAUGUGCCUCAUUCUUCCCUAGCUCCCCCAUGUGUCUCAUCCCUCUCCCCGGCCCCUCUGUUUGUCUUAUCCACCCUCCCAGCUCCUUCAUGUGUAUCAUUCUUUCCCUCCCAGCUCCUACAUGUCUCAUUCCCUUCAAGUGUCUCCUUCUCUCCAUGUGUCUCCCUCACAACUCCUGCAUUUGUCUCAUUCUCCCCAGCCCCUUCAUGUGUCUCAUCCCUCCCAGCCACUCCAUGUGUCACAUUUCUCUCCCCAGCACAUCCAUGCGUUUCAUCCCCCAUUCCCCUCCCCUCCUGUGCCUGCUUACCUCACUUGCCGAGGGAAUCGCCGGUCAGACCGCAGUCCACUCGGCCAUGCUACGUACAGUGACUGGCAGAAGGGGAGCACUGUGCUGUGUACUCCCCUUCUGCUAGUCAUCUGGAGAACGCGCCGGUGUGGCUGUGCAUCAGACCUGAAGUUAUGCAGGCCCAACUGUCUAAGGGGUCAACAGGGCAGCUGGGCAGUUUUGUAUUUUGUUUCACUUUUUUCCCCCCAUUAUAUUUGUCUUUCUUUCUUUUUCCACUGGUUUAUUAUACUCUUAAUUUUUUAACUCAUUAUGUCUUUUAUUUUAUUUUUUUCUAGUUUGAUUUUCGGUGUGAUCACUUGUGUGACUGGUAUUGUGGGGGUUAUAGCUGGUGUGGAGAUCAGCAAGCGUUGCCGGAAAAAAAAUCCACGUUCGGACGCUUUGGUCUGCGGCUUUAGCCUCCUGUGCGCACAGCCCUUCCUUUACGUCUCCUUAGUGAUAGCACAGAAAAGCCUUAUUUCAACUUACGUAAGUACUCUCCCUCCCUUUACUAAAUAUGCACCACUCACCUCCUCUUUGUAGCAGAAAUAGAAUUUUAAGGGCCAGUUAGAGGUGAACAAAUGACUAUUCAGUGUUAAGGUAGAUGAGUCAAGCCUUCUCAAAAUUAUUUGUGAGAAAAUCAAGGAUCCAUCUUUCCUAGCAUCUUGACACACUGGAUGCUGCUCAAUAAUUAGUAACCACUCCCCCAUUUAUAGAUUGCUUAAUAAAAGAAUACAUCCAUUUAGGAAUCCAUCCUUCUUUGGUUGUUGGCACAGUGGGGUUGCAUGUUACUUUCUAAUUGUCUCACUCUUCUGCCUCUCUGCAGGUUUUAAUCUUCAUUGGGGAAACACUGCUUUCCAUGAACUGGGCGAUUGUUGCAGAUAUAUUACUGGUAAUGUAUGAAAGGACAUCUUUGGAGGUUUAAAGGAUUUUAAUCACAGAUUAGCUAAAUACAUAACUUGCUAAAGGGACACUCGAGACCCAUAAAUUACUUUCGCCUGCUCAAAAGCUUAAUGUGUGAAGAGUGCAUCCUCUUUUAAAAUUUUACAAAAAGUGCAGAGUGCACUUUUAUAAAUUAAACUUGUUACACUCUCAUGGCUGUCAAUCGGUGGAGCUAAACUCAGGAAGCAGCAAUUGCUCAGAAAACCUGCCUUGCAAAGGCUUCUCAUUGAACUGCAUGGGAAAGUUUGUGAUUGGAAAGUCUGUGCGGAGUUAGAAGGGGAGGGCUUGCAAAGGCUGCAGACAAGAUAACUGCAGCUUUAGCAGGCUGUUUUGAUAUAUACCCCCUGUGACAAAAGGCCUUUUGUCAUUGUUUUUUCAUAUAACAAACUACCCUGUUCCCGUGGCUUAUGGAAAAGCCUGAUUGCCAGCCUCCUUCCCCAUGAUUAUGGCCCUGGAGUGUAUGGCCCUUUAAAAACAGUAUAUGGGCAUGUUAAGACCUUCCUUUUGUGGCAAUGCCCCUUUAAAACUGUGUCCCUGCUCAACUUCUUAUCAGCCCGUGCUAAACUUUAACCCCAUGGCGAUUUUAUUCUGUUCGUGGGAUCUGAGCGCUGUUCGGAUAUAUUAAGCGCUCAGAUCCAAGCUAUCUGGGGAUAGGUGGUGGUGGUUCUGUUCAGUGUAAUGGGAAUUAUGUAUUUUUUUGUAUUUUUUCUGCUGUUGUGAAUGGAGAUAUUUUCUGUAUCUGGAGAUAAUUGGCUUACCACACCCAGUUAGGCCAAUUAUCUCCAGGAUAGAGGAGAAGAUAGACCGGCUGCACAGCCUAACUCUGUGGAACUGGUUUGGGGCAGGAAAGCCAUGCUUGCAGUUGGUCAAAAAGGACUUCCAUCUAACUUUUGAACCACUGGACCAAUUUGUAUGAUUUUGACAUAUGUUUGUAUACUGCAUAUGCUUGUUCAGAAUGUGAUGUAUACUUUUAAAGUUAUGAAUAUUGUGUAAAACUGUGUAUUUUCCUGCCUGUGAUAUUACAUUAGCCCUUCGUGUACAGUAAUUCUACCACAGGCAGAGGGGAGGAUUUUGCUGGAAUGAAUGGGAGUGUUUGACUGUAUUGUAAUGUUUUGAUUGGUUGUUCCACAAGACCACGUGGGUGGUAAACUUGUGGGAAAAGUUGCAUAUAAGUUGCCAAUAAACCCUCAGACUGGUGAGUUCCUGUUUUGACCCUCAACAUAGAGCCUUGUCUCAUGAUUGGGGGAAACGGUUGCAUUUACACUGGGGGAUUGCUAUACUCUACAUACUCCCCUAGCUAUAAUCACUAAGCUCUUUUAAGAGCUUGUUCCAGCUUCGCUCUUUGCAGGAAGAGAGGUUCGGUCUGCAGUGCUGAUGGUGUCAAGUGGAGUGCUUGGAGUCCUCGGGAAGUACUAGGAGCAUCCAUCAACGGAGGUACCCAGUCGGGGUGCCAGGUGAUCCGUUACACCCCCCCAAUGAGCAAAUGCAUAAUUGAAUGCAUGCAUGUUUCCAUUUGAAUAUAUCUACUAAUAGUGAGAUAUUUUGGCAGUAGAGUGUUUCUUUAAUCAUUGGACAGUUGUGCACUAAUGUUUCUAAAGUGGCAGUCCCAAUUUUCAGGUCUUUUCCCACUAUUCUGACUUUGCUCACUGGUGUUCGACCUUUGGUGACACCAGACAACAGUCCCCAGAAAGUGUAACGUGUAGAUGUGCGCAUGUGGGGCACAGCCGGUAUUUAUGGCUGUGUGGCAGGUGCCGGUAUUGCAAAAAAACCUACAAUACAAUUGCCGGUAUUUUUCUUUGAAGAGAAUGUUCUGCAAUAUCGGCACCGGCCACCAGGGUGUGCAGUGUUCUAAAGCCGUGCUCGGAACACUUGUUGGUGCUAGAGCUGUGUGGAGAGGGCUGAAAUGGGAUGUCGCUGCAUGUCCCUGCCCUCUCCACUAACAGAGUCCGCAUGAGAGGAGUGGGAGCAGCAAGAGCUACAUGACAAGCAGAUGGAAGAUUAGCACCAGGACCUGAGUCCUGAAAGCGUGUGUGUGUGUGUGUAUUCAGCAGUCUGUGUGUGUGUUCACAAGUAAGUAGCAGUGAACAAUAUUCCCUGUAUUUGAAAGUUUUGCAAAUCGGAUACCAUAACAGAAAGUUCAAUAAAAGCAAGUAGCUGCUGCUAUGUAAAAGCUCAAUAAAAAGUAUCACCAAAAAAGUAAUAAGCAGAAUAACUGCUACCAGCAUAGGGAAAAAGCACUGUGGCAUCCAAUAGUGAAAUUUACCAAAUCUUAAGGAUAAUGGGAGGAAUAGGUAAUACAAUCUACAGAAAGUCUUAGCAGAGAUCCUUUACCUACACAAAGAUCGCAGGUACCUGGAAACCAUGUCACAAAAUUAGUUACCAUUCAAAUUCUUCUGUUCUCCGUGUGUGUGCAUUUAGCAGUCUGUCUUAUGUAUGUGUAUCCAGCAGUGUGUGUGUGGACUCAGCAGUCUGUGUAUUCAGCAGUUGAUACAUAUUUAGCAGUCUGUGUGUUUGUACUCAGCAGUCUGUCUGUGUAUGUGUAUUCAGCAGUCUGCCUAUUUAGCAAUAUGUGUGUGUAUUCAGCAGUCUGCACAUUUAGCAGUAUGUAUACGUACUCAGCAGUCUGUCUUUGUAUGUUUAUUGAACAGUCAGUGUAUUCAGCAGUCUCUGCAUAUUUAGCAGUCUGUGUAUGUGUAUUCAGCAGUUUGCUAUGUGUGUCUAUUUAGCAGUCUGCAUGUGUAUUUGUAUAUACACAUUUACACAACGACACACUGCUAUACACACACUGCCUCACAUAUACAAUACUAUACACACAGUCAGACACAGUAGAAACAUUGCAAGUAUUUUAUUAGUGAUUUAGGGAAUUUUCUGCUUCCAAAUGUUCUCGUUCUUUUAUGCACAUCGUGUGCUGUGAUGUCACGCAUAUAUAAUUAAUAAUGCAAAUUAGCAUGGCCGGUAUUUUUUUCCAAAAAGGGUGGCAACCCUAUGCGCAUGCUGCACGGUUAGGGAACUAGGACCCUGCAGAAAGCCUGGCAUGCAUUUGACUUGAUCCUAUGAUUAAGAGUAGAUAUUCCACACAAUAUGUGUGAGGAGGUAAUGGGUUGUUUGCCACGCUGAGUUGCAAUUCCCAUUAUAUUUGUAUUUUUAUAGAUUUAUAAUAAAACAUAUGGAUUUGGACCAUGCUAUUUUAUUAGCUAUACUGUGAACAGAGGAGUCUCCUUUGAGAAAUUUUGAAUUGUUACUGCUGACCACAGUUCCAGUUCCAAAAUCAUCUGACUUUGAUGCAAGAAACAGUAUAUUGCUGCUUUUCAAUUUUCUCACACCUGCCCUGCACAGACCUUUACAGGGUUAUUGUAGGCACUUUAACAAUUUUAUUGAAGUUGUUAUAGUGCCUGCAAUCCUGCCCACCCCCCAAAAAAAACGUUUUAGUUCACUAAUUAGAAGGCUUGGAACAGCGGCUUAGUGUGUGAUGUUUUGCUCGUUUCUCCUGGUGUGAUAAUAUUUCUAACUCUCUCCUCUUGCAGUAUGUGGUGAUUCCUACAAGACGUGGAACGGCAGGAGCAUUGCAGAUCGUUGUGUCCCACAUAUUAGGAGAUGCUGGCAGCCCGUAUGCAAUCGGAGUGGUAAGUGAUCAUUAUAUCUCCAUGAACAUUAAAGGGUUACGCCAACCCCCAUGACCACUUCAGUGAUUUGAAUAGAUCAUGGUAGUGGGAGCUUGGAUGUGCAAAUGUGCUUUAAACACUGCACAUUCAGAGAUAUUUGCAUUUGUGUCUCGGAUGCUAGUUACUCUGAACUCUGUUGCAGGUUGCCUAAUGUCAAUUCUAUAUAUAUUUUACGUCAGUCAUCAGUGCACACAAUGCAUGCUUUCAACAGACAAUAUUAUCUUGUCCCUCACAGACAAAGGGCCUGCAAAGGGAAGAUCGCUUUCCCCUCCCUCCAUCACUUUAAUCGCUUUUUUAUUUUAUUUUGGAAAUUUAAAAUUCCACCGUCCCAAAAUCUCUCUCUCUCCCCACUUCGGGGGUCUGUGGGGACAGUAGGUCCUCCCCCAUGAAUAUUAGAAUAAUAGAAUAUGUUUUAAACUAUUUCAUCACAGGUUGCUAGCAAUGCCUGUGGGCAAAAAGUCUGGAUUUUUUCAAACCGGGGCCCGAAUUUGAAGCCUUUGAGCCUGGAAUUAUUUAAUUUAAUUCAGGUCUAUUUGGGCCCCAAAAUGCAAAAUCUGUAUAUUGUUGAAUAGUGUGAACAAUGUCUGGAUUUUGGAGUCCUAAUAACCCCAUAUGCGGCCCGAUUGUUUUUUCCCCAUCCGGUACUGCGCUAUUUAGACUUUAUGGAAAAUUCCUGUACGUGUCUCUGUUGAAGUGGUCCUUCCAGUGGGAUGUCCAUUAUAGACUACCAGCAGUUGUUGAAAUAUGCAUCAUUAAGUGAAGAUGCUAAACAGGUACAACCAGUAUGGAAACUAAAACAUAUAUAUAUCUUUACAUAUUAUAUGUGACAGAUGGCAACACUCACCAUUUGGCAAUUUGUCUAAUGAAAAUAACUGUGCUGUAUUCUUACAAAUACACGUGAUCAAAGAAUGUGGAUAGGUUUAUUUAUUUAGUUUACUGUUUUACCUGCAUUGUGGCCUCGAUUUAAUCACCAGCUGUAACUGCUUCUCUUUCAUCUUUCUUCUCCUCAGAUUUCAGAUCUAAUACGCAAAGGAAAACCAGAUUCAGACCUCUUGCGGUUUAAUAGCUUAGGCUCCGCUCUGAUUAUUUGUGCCUUUGUGGGAGUCAUCGGAGGGGGAUUUUUCCUCGCAACAUCUUUCUACAUAGAGAAAGAUCGGAAGAAGGCAGAAAGUUACUCCCAAGAUGAAGAUGGUGAGGUUUGAGAAGAGGCCUGGACAUCCUUUACAAAAUGUAAAGAACACGGUAAGAAUUAAGCGCUAUAUGUGUCCCGGUAAGCAACAGCAGCAACAACAAGCUGCCAAGGCUUCCUCUUCUUGGCUGUACUGAUAAUUUCUCACAAUGGGUUGGUGGCUGCUCCUCAAGUAGGUGAGUAUGUAAGAGAGCAGAAAGAAAUUUAAUUGUGGAGUAUAACUAGAAAUUUGGGUGGAGUGAAUAUGGAAAAUCACCAACAAUUUUAGGAGCUUUUAAACCAGUUCUUAGAUGAAAGCUUUGAUUGAAUAAUCCCCAUCUAGGUAUAUAUAGCUGUUUUCCUUAGCACGUCAGGGUCUUCAGCAGAGUAUUAACAAAAUAAACAAAAACACAGAAGCAGUAUAUAGUAUGUCGGUAAGUUCUAGCGAUAUAUAGUAAUGAGUGGUAAUGCACUCACAUGACAUAGAGCCUUUUAUGUGGUACAAACAAAACAGCAUCCAGUGGUAUAAUCUCCACUUCUGGAUAAUGUUUAGCUGGAUAUUCUCAGUGUUGUAAUGCAAGGCAAAACAUAGGCAUAGAGAUCUCUGUUGAAACAGUUAUUAUAGAAAAACAAAAAAGAGUUCCUACUCGCAUGCCCCUGAGCAAUAUGGUUUUGCUCAAACCUUAUGGCGUAGAUGUAUAUAAAUCAGAACUGGCUUUGCUUAUCCCAGUCCUAAUAGGGAAAGCGACCAACAGGAUUGAAGAUGACAUUAAGUCCUGGUGUUUGAACAUGGUUGAUAAAGAUCUCUCAGUGAUUCACAAUGCUAAAGAAAACCAAUUUCAUUUUGAUUCUCAAACAGACAGGCUAGUUUCACUCCCCCCAAACACCACCCCCCUCACCCCCCCUUCACCCUCCCUUUAUAUUUCUUCUGUCUUUUUCACUUUUUCCACUGGUUUAUUAUACUCUUAAUUUUUUAACUCAUUACGUCUUUUAUUUUUUUCUAGUUUGAUUUUCGGAGUGAUCACUUGUGUGACUGGUAUUGUGGGGGUUAUAGCUGGUGUGGAGAUCAGCAAGCAUUGCCGAAAAAAAAAAAAAAACAUGUACGGACGAUUUGGUUUGUGCCUUUGGCCUCCUGUGCACACAGCCCUUCCUUUACGUCUCCUUAGUGGUAGCACAGUAAAGCCUUAUUUCCCUAUUGGGCAACUCCACUCACUUUAAAUCGUCCUUCCACCCCCCACUGACUUCCUUGGGGAACCACUCUGCAAAUCUCUCUUUAAUCAUUUGGUAGGAAGCGACUCCCUUAACCAGUACAAGAUUACCAGGUGAUAACCUUCUACCUGUUACUCUUAGUCCCCGAGGGGAAACCACUAGAAUGCCCUACCGGGUAAUAAAUUAUUGUUGUUGUAUCACGUCGUGUGCCCACUGGAACCUUAGUCACACGUCACUCUACUUACCCAGUGAUAUAACUUAUCAGUCAAUAGACAUAGUCCUGGGAUACAGAGUGUAGGACCCACUGUCUGACUACCCUCAUGGAAUUGAUUAUAUGAUAACUUAUUAUUUUCCUAAACAACAGCAGUGUCUUUCCCAAAGUACUAUACCACUUCUGUUAACCAAUGUCACUGCUCAUGUUAAUGUUUAUGUUUAUGCUCAACUGCCUUUCAUGUUUCUCUUAUAAAAAAAAAAAGUGCAAUAUCCCUCACUUGCCAUGUUCCUGUUUCCAAAUAUAUAGUGGUUAUGGGCUUGUGCAUGCUGUUGCGGAAGUGACAGAUGGCAACACUCACAAUUUGGCAAUUUGGCUAAUGAAAAUAACUGUGCUGUAUUCUUACAAAUACACGUGAUCAAAGAACGUGGAUAGGUUUAUUUAUUUAGUUUACUGUUUUACCUGCAUUUUGGCCUCGAUUUAAUCACCAGCUGUAACUGCUUCUCUUUCAUCUUUCUUCUCCUCAGAUUUCAGAUCUAAUACGCAAAGGAAAACCAGAUUCAGACCUCUUGCGGUUUAAUAGCUUAGGCUCCGCUCUGAUUAUUUGUGCCUUUGUGGGAGUCAUCGGAGGGGGAUUUUUCCUCGCAACAUCUUUCUACAUAGAGAAAGAUCGGAAGAAGGCAGAAAGUUACUCCCAAGAUGAAGAUGGUGAGGUUUGAGAAGAGGCCUGGACAUCCUUUACAAAAUGUAAAGAACACGGUAAGAAUUAAGCGCUAUAUGUGUCCCGGUAAGCAACAGCAGCAACAACAAGCUGCCAAGGCUUCCUCUUCUUGGCUGUACUGAUAAUUUCUCACAAUGGGUUGGUGGUUGCUCCUCAAGUAGGUGAGUAUGUAAGAGAGCAGAAAGAAAUUUAAUUGUGGAGUAUAACUAGAAAUUUGGGUGGAGUGAAUAUGGAAAAUCACCAACAAUUUUAGGAGCUUUUAAACCAGUUCUUAGAUGAAAGCUUUGAUUGAAUAAUCCCCAUCUAGGUAUAUAUAGCUGUUUUCCUUAGCAGGUCAGGGUCUUCAGCAGAGUAUUAACAAAAUAAACAAAAACACAGAAGCAGUAUAUAGUAUGUCGGAAAGUUCUAGCGAUAUAUAGUAAUGAGUGGUAAUGCACUCACAUGACAUAGAGCCUUUUAUGUGGUACAAACAAAACAGCAUCCAGUGGUAUAAUCUCCACUUCUGGAUAAUGUUUAGCUGGAUAUUCUCAGUGUUGUAAUGCAAGGCAAAACAUAGGCAUAGAGAUCUCUGUUGAAACAGUUAUUAUAGAAAAACAAAAAAGAGUUCCUACUCGCAUGCCCCUGAGCAAUAUGGUUUUGCUCAAACCUUAUGGCGUAGAUGUAUAUAAAUCAGAACUGGCUUUGCUUAUCCCAGUCCUAAUAGGGAAAGCGACCAACAGGAUUGAAGAUGACAUUAAGUCCUGGUGUUUGAACAUGUUUGAUAAAGAUCUCUCAGUGAUUCACAAUGCUAAAGAAAACCAAUUUCAUUUUGAUUCUCAAACAGACAGGCUAGUUUCACUCCCCCCAAACACCCCCCCCACCCCCCCUUCACCCUCCCUUUAUAUUUCUUCUGUCUUUUUCACUUUUUCCACUGGUUUAUUAUACUCUUAAUUUUUUAACUCAUUACGUCUUUUAUUUUUUUCUAGUUUGAUUUUCGGAGUGAUCACUUGUGUGACUGGUAUUGUGGGGGUUAUAGCUGGUGUGGAGAUCAGCAAGCAUUGCCGAAAAAAAAAAAAAAAACAUGUACGGACGAUUUGGUUUGUGCCUUUGGCCUCCUGUGCACACAGCCCUUCCUUUACGUCUCCUUAGUGGUAGCACAGUAAAGCCUUAUUUCCCUAUUGGGCAACUCCACUCACUUUAAAUCGUCCUUCCACCCCCCACUGACUUCCUUGGGGAACCACUCUGCAAAUCUCUCUUUAAUCAUUUGGUAGGAAGCGACUCCCUUAACCAGUACAAGAUUACCAGGUGAUAACCUUCUACCUGUUACUCUUAGUCCCCGAGGGGAAACCACUAGAAUGCCCUACCGGGUAAUAAAUUAUUGUUGUUGUAUCACGUCGUGUGCCCACUGGAACCUUAGUCACACGUCACUCUACUUACCCAGUUAUAUAACUUAUCAGUCAAUAGACAUAGUCCUGGGAUACAGAGUGUAGGACCCACUGUCUGACUACCCUCAUGGAAUUGAUUAUAUGAUAACUUAUUAUUUUCCUAAACAACAGCAGUGUCUUUCCCAAAGUACUAUACCACUUCUGUUAACCAAUGUCACUGCUCAUGUUAAUGUUUAUGUUUAUGCUCAACUGCCUUUCAUGUUUCUCUUAUAAAAAAAAAAAGUGCAAUAUCCCUCACUUGCCAUGUUCCUGUUUCCAAAUAUAUAGUGGUUAUGGGCUUGUGCAUGCUGUUGCGGAAGUGACAGAUGGCAACACUCACAAUUUGGCAAUUUGUCUAAUGAAAAUAACUGUGCUGUAUUCUUACAAAUACACGUGAUCAAAGAAUGUGGAUAGGUUUAUUUAUUUAGUUUACUGUUUUACCUGCAUUUUGGCCUCGAUUUAAUCACCAGCUGUAACUGCUUCUCUUUCAUCUUUCUUCUCCUCAGAUUUCAGAUCUAAUACGCAAAGGAAAACCAGAUUCAGACCUCUUGCGGUUUAAUAGCUUAGGCUCCGCUCUGAUUAUUUGUGCCUUUGUGGGAGUCAUCGGAGGGGGAUUUUUCCUCGCAACAUCUUUCUACAUAGAGAAAGAUCGGAAGAAGGCAGAAAGUUACUCCCAAGAUGAAGAUGGUGAGGUUUGA